AUGUUUAAGCAUCGGGACAGUGAAGGAUUUUAUGAAAUUCUUAUCAAUAGACAUUUAAAAAACAACAAUAUUAAAUUUCUAGAAAAUCAGUUAGUUUUACAACCUACGAAUCGUAUAAAAAAACCAAUAACACCAGCUGAAAAAUUGGCAGUCACUUUAAGAUACCUUGCCACUGGCGAAUCUAUAAGAUCUUUCUCGUUUUCAUUUCGCAUAAGUCAUUGCUAUUUGAGCAGUAUAAUAAAAAAUACACUGGCUGCGUUAAAAAUUAAAUUGAUGCCAAUUUUUAUGUCUGAUAUAAAAAAUAUUGAUUUUAAACAAAAAGCUGCAGAGUUCUCUUACAAAUGGAAUUUCCCGAACUGCAUUUUGGCCAUUGAUGGAAAACACGUCAGAAUCCGAAGUCCAAGUAAUUCUGGAUCACUUUUUCACAAUUAUAAAGACUACUUUUCCAUAGUACUUUUGGCAAUGGUGGAUGCAAAUUACAAGUUCGUAGCAGUCGAUAUAGGUUCAUUCGGUAAAGAGGGCGAUAGCGGUAUUUUUUUAAAGUCCAAUAUGGGAAAACAAAUUUUAAAUGGCACUUUUAAAUUCCCAGAGCAUUGUAAUCUCCUUGGAUCUGAUAAGGUGGCUCCUCAUCUUGCUGCCUACAUAAUAUGCUACGUGAAGGUUACAUGGAAAAAAAAUAAACGACCCUUCUUCGAUCUUAAUUCGGAAGAACCACCGCCUAUUAACAAUAUGAUGCCACUAUCUCGAAGAGGAGGAUUUUCAAAUAUGGAAGGGUUCGAGGUCAGAGAAGUAUUUAAAACAUUUUUUAAUGACGAAGGUGCUCUUUCUUGGCAACCAAACUUUUAA